AGAUGGAGUAUCUUUUAUGAAUGCUCAUCUUAGUUUUUUGUUAAUCUGUUUUAAUUUUUGCAAUAUAGACUAUUAAUUGUUGCUAAAGGUUGCUUUGUAGUCAAGUCUGUAAGAUGAGCACAAAAUCUCCCCUCCAUAAGUUUCGCCGCAUCGACACCAUACCAGUUUUACCCCACUUCACGCAUCCGAUUUCCGCCCUGCUCUCCCUCUGAUACCUCCAAAGCCACCGACAAGUUGUCCUGGUUGUCUCGAGCUCGCGUCGUCGAUUUUCAGCCCAGUUCCUUUUUCCUUCUCGGAAGUUUCAAGUCCAAAUCUCAAGCCUUCCACUUCUAAAUUUUGGGAAAUUAAAGGUAGCUUCAUCUUCUUUCCUAUUAAUUUUCUCUCUAUAACCUUGUAUUGAUCAUUGUGUAGCUACACUCCAAGUACAAUGUUGAUUGGCCCAAUUCGUAGCUCCAAACCUAGAAGUUAUUCGACCUCUCUCUCUCCUCUCCAGUAUCUAAGCUCUCAUAAGCCUAUAACCAAUCCAGUCUACAAUUUUCUACCCCAAUCCGAAAAUCCAAACAACGUUGUCGCCCUAGUUUGCUCUUCCAUCAAGGAAAACGACCACGCCUCACUGGAUUAUCUCUACGAGCAAGGUUUAUUUAGUCGUUUCACCAGCCUUGAACUCUCAAGAGUAUUGUUGAGAUGCCAGUCUGAUUCAUCAGCAGCUCUCAGUUUCUUCAGUUGGGUGAGAAAUCGUUUGCGUCUCCUACCGAAUGCGUAUACUUAUUGUAUUAUGAUCCACAUUUUGGUUUGGUCUAAGAAUUUUAAGAAAGCUAUGAAAAUCAUGUCAGAAUUGGUGCAGUUUAAUGCAAACGUGAGUGAUUUUGAAAUGUCCAAUGUGUAUGAGAGCUUGCUUUUAAGUGCUAAUGUCUGUAAUUGGGAUCCCGUUGUGUUUGAUAUGCUCAUCAAGGCAUACCUCAGAUACGAUAUGGUCACAGAUGGUUUUAAUGCUUUUAUGAAAAUGGUGAAGCUCGGGUUUGUUCCGAGCAUCGUUGCUACUAAUUGUCUUUUGAAUGGGUUGUCGAAGAUGGACUGUUUGGGGAAAUGCUGGGAAGUUCACCGAGAGAUGUUGAGAAUUGAGUUACGUCCUAAUGCAUGCACAGUUAACAUAUUGGUCCACAUCUUGUGCAAGGAGGGCCAUAUGGGUAAGGUGAAUGUAUUCUUGGAGAGGAUGGAGGAAGAGGGAUUUGACCUAGAUAUAGUAACAUAUAACAUGCUAAUUGAUGGGUAUUGCAAGAAUAGGAGGUUGAAGGAUGCUGUUUAUUUGUAUAAUAUCAUGUGUACGAGAGGCAUGGUUCCUGAUUUGAUCACGUAUACAACUUUGAUUAAUGGUCUAUGUAAGGGCGAUAGUGUGAGAGAGGCUCAUCGGUUUUUCAGUCUGAUGGUUCAAAGAGGGUUGAUGUUGGAUGCUGUUUCAUAUAAUACUCUAAUAUAUGGAUACUGCAAUGAGGGGAUGAUGCAAGAGGCGAGAGCAAUGUUGUUUGACAUGAUUAGAAACAAAGUUAGCCCUGAUGACUUCACUUGUUGGCUGCUAAUAAAAGGUUAUCAAAAUCUUGAUAGGAUGAUAUCUGCAGUGAAUCUAGUGGUUGAGCUUGUGCGUUAUGGCAUCAUGGUCUCACCAGAUAUAUAUUGUUAUUUGAUACUUGCUUUAUGUUACGAUGACAGGCCAUUUGCAGCAAAGUCUCUGUUGGACCAGAUGUCACAAAAUGGUUAUGUGCCGAAUGCAGAAGUGUAUAAUGAGUUAAUUGGUUCCCUUUCUAGAGGCAAAUUUGUCAAGGAAGCACUGGAGUUGAAAAUUGAGAUGGUGUCAAAAAGUUUGAAGCUUAAAAUGAGUGCAUAUGAAGCUAUUAUCAGAGUUAUGUGUGAAUUAAGAAGAAGCAUGGAGGCUCUCUCGUUGAUGCAGGAAAUGAUUGAAUCUGGUUUGCCACUAGAUAUCCAAAUCUGCAGAUCUUUGGUGUAUGGGUUGUGCAAAGAGAAAAAUAUUUUUGAAGUUGAAUCACUAUUGAGUUUCUAUGCCAAGGAGUUUCAAAUCUUUGAUGCAGAGUGUUAUAAUUCAGCAGUAAGGGUACUCUCUGAGCAAUGAAAGCGCAGAGGCGUGAGCUACUUUUGGAAUGAUGUCGCAUAUCUUCUUGAACCGUUAUUUCCAUCCCCGAAUCCAAUCUCAAAUUCCUUUACCUCCAAGAACAAGAAUACAAGUAAGUUGAUAUUUUGUAGUCAAAAGUAUGUGGAGUGCACGAUGUAUUUGCAUUUGCAUAGAAUUAGAAUCUUUCUACAUGAUCUUUGUGCUAUUAUUACCUAUUUAUAUGAGCCUUGUGCCUCAAACAGAUUAUCAUUGAAGAUGUGAUCAUAUUAGGGAUAUAAGACUGCGACAUGAUGAGACUAAUUAUUUUAGCUCUAGCUUUUGUGAUUAUAUAUCACUGGCAUUAUUUUAGCUCCUAGCUUUUGUGAUUAUAAUCACACUAACUUGAAUUUAUUCAAAUUUUCUGUUACCUCUGUAUUAUGGUAGUUGACUAGGGUGGUAAAAAGACAUAUUGACUGGUUGGAAUGACAUUACUACCUUUCCCGAAGUUAAAUGCCUUUAUAACAGCUGCCGUUUUACUUUACUACUAUCAGUUUUGAAUGAUCUGGAUUAUGCUGGCAGCUCACUAACGUUGUAGUCUGUAAGGAGACUUCUGGAGAAGGAUUUGGGCCUUGAGAAAUUUGCGCUCGAUGCACACAAAUGAUUUAUUCGCCACUUCUCAGAAAAGGUUAAUUGCUAAUUAUUUGCUUCAGAAGCUGGACAAUAUUCAAUUUUGUUAAUUCAGUAUCUGAAUGACUGGUAGUAAUUUGUAUGGAUUUCGAUUACACAUUUUGUUCUCUAUUGUUCGAUUUUGCAAAUUCUAGAUUCUGGUUGGUGUACAAAGUUAUGUACAUAUGUGAAAGCUUUUGGCAUCAGUUGUGGUAGUGCAUUCUCAUUUAUAUCACAAAAACGGAGCUAUAUUGAAUUUACCGUGUUUCUGCCAGUUUGGUUAAUAUCAAUCAUUAACACAUGUCUAACUGUUUAUUUCGAUUUGCUUGAUUUUGUUUAGAGAUCGAGCAGUGUUCAUUACAUCCUGAUUAAACUUAUGUUGCCUAAACUGUCGGUUAAAAACUUGUCACUUGUAGAGUAAUGUAGUUAUAGUAUUUCACUCGUUGCAUGUAAAAGUUCUGACUUCCCAAACCCAUGAUACCCAUUACAGUGCUUGAGCGUUUUGAUAUCUUUCUUUUCUUCUUGGGAUGUUGGAAGCUAGUGUUUCUAUACAAAAUCAAUAUUCUGUUAAUUCUAGAUAAUGGAGGGUGCUGAUGAAAGCAAUUCUAACCCAACUACUGCAAACAUGGAUAAAGAUGAGCAGUCAAGUAUGGGAGAAGAAAAGGUUUUGCUUAAACAGCAAGAAGCCAAGAGCGAUCCACAAACCUAGCCCUGGAUAUGAGGAAACGAUCGAAGAGAGCUAAACAUUACAACGGCUAAAAUCAGAGAAAGCUCAAGAAUUCACAUGUUCUUUUGCAGGUUUCAUGAAGGAGCAGAUCAAGGUGAGCAUGGAAGGCCGGAACACCAUCAGGGUUCGCAGGGAACACUUUGUAGGUGGCAACAAAUGGGGCCACAGAUAUCCUGAAAGGCACACAGAACUCCGGAUACGCAGAAAAUAAAAACUAGUUUCUUUAUGAUUCAGUUUGUACAACACUCAAAGAUUGUGAGGAACUCAGACAGAUAAACGGCACAUUGUUUUAUGUUACCCACCUACAGUUAGCUAUCCUAUAUCUGCCUAAGAAAUAAAAAUCAUUUUCCGUAUUCA